CCUGCUUGUAGACGACUCUUGGCCAGCACGUUUCCGGUAAAUUUCAUCCAGAUUUAAGUGCAUAAAAGCGAUUGUUUGACCAAUAAUAUGGAGUGAAGUUUUACUUUGAUGUUUUUGUUUAUUCAGGUUUGCACCGUUUAGUCUGCGUGCAUAUCAUAGAAUGGGGGAAGGGGGUUUGCUUUGCUUUUCUAGCUGGCUCUUUGUGCUGCUAAAUGCACUUAUUCUUACGGUUUACGAGGAAAACUUUGGUUUUUUUAACGUGCCGUCUUUCAUAUAGAACAUCACUUUAAAAGGUCAACGUAAGUAGAAUUGAUGGUGCUGCUCAGUUGCUCGUGGUCCAUUACCUGCCAUUGUAUCAGCUUAUUUCUGCUCCAACCUUCAAAGAAGUGCAAAAGUCAAUGCAACAGGCAAGUUCGUUCCAGUCAGUCUUAAACCAGGUAAAGAAAUUCGACUUUUCAGUGUCGAGCUGAUGUGUUUUGAAAGUACGCAGCGUCUUUGAACAGAUUCCGGCUCCUGGCACAGCUGGACUCCUUGUUUAUUUUGACAGCUGGUCUUAGUCAGUCAAAUAUGUUGACGUGUGUGUGUAGUUGUCGUCAGUCUCUCUUUCAGAUAAAUGUCUGCAUGAUAUAUCCGUAACCUUCGUGGAAGAUAAGUGAACAUGUUAAAGCAAAUUGACCGUUGAGUUUUCGGAAAAACGGGCGAGAAUUAAGAAAAAGAUGUUGUAGUCAUCAGUCGCUUUUUAACCCACCGCCGAACUACUACUUCAUGUUAACAAAUGCCGAGUCUUGCAUACAAGUACAAUAAAACACCUUUGUUCAAAUUUUUUUUAUUAACCAUUUUUUGUCUAACGUUGUUUAAAGAUAAAGUUUUUAAUCUGUUUCAGAGUUUGUGUACUUGGUUUAUUGGAGGUUCUUUUCUAGCUACUUCUUGCAGUUUGGAAGCACCUUUUCCCCUAAAAUUGUUAUAUGAUGCAUAUGAAAACUAUACGCUUCAGGAUUUUUUUUUAAAUUAUCUCCAGUAUUUCUGAUUGAAAGGAUGUAUGAAACUAUGAAUUUUUGGAGUGAUUUGUAUCGAUUUUUAAAGCAGCUAUCUUCUCUAAUUUGCUGAAGUUCAGUUCUGCAUGUAAUGGAAGUCUAUUAUAAGUUGAGAUGAUUUCCAACUUUUUCAACGUUGCCCACUGUCACACUUUUACUAAAUUAUCUACAUCAGCUCUAGUAAUUUUAGCUGCAAGAAAUAAGGAACCAUCUAACCCAGCCCUGAUCUGUCAAAGUGCGAGUCUUUGCUGAAACUUUGUAUUCUCACCUAAUGCUGACCAACUUUUGCUGAAAUACUGCUGCAAGUAUUUCUUAGCAGCAAGCAAGCAAUCCUGGAAAGCAUUGUUUUUUAAAUGUAGGAAUACUUGACAUGACUUUAAGGACUGCAAUAAUUAAAAAAAAAAAAAAUCUUCCACAGUGCACAACCUGGGACUCUUCUCACAAAGGAGCUUCAUGACUGUAUGAUACACACAAACAAGUAAACGCAGUACAGUAAAAAUGUCACAAAUCUAUCAAAUGUUCAUGAGAUGUUUGUCAAGAAGAUAAAAGAAACGGCUGCAUUUCAACACGGGAAGUUUGGACAUUAAAAGGGUAGUAUUCAGAGUUGUGUAAAGAACCUCAGAAAUGAGCCCUGCUGAAAAAGGGGUCGGCAUGGCGGACACUCACUCCACUGGAAAAGAGAAGGCUACUGGACUGGACUCUGUUUCGCUGUCAGAAGAGAGUUUAGAGGAGUAUGUGCCUGUCACGAUGAAAGAGGAAGAGUAUGAACAAAGAUGUUCCCGCAUUAAAGAGGAAGUUUUUGACCCAGAAUAUGAUCUGGUUGUAGAAAAUGUUGUAGAUACUGGGUCUGUGGGCAUUAAAUCAGAGGAAUGUGACUCUGAAUCAUCUGUCUGUAUCAAAGCAGAGGGAUGUGAGUCUGAGGUGUAUGAAACCCCAGAAUAUGAGACCAGUCAAGGUUCCCACAAUGAAUCCUUUAAAAUGGAAUCCGGGACAGGGCAUAUGGACAUGGACAUUUUGAGGUCUGCCCAAAAGCAGCAAUCUUCUUCUCAUCAACCUGAAGCAGUCAAGAGGGAGGAGGAGGAGGAGGAUAUGCUUUUGGAGGAACAUUCUUAUUGCAGAGCCUGGGAGGAAGAGACACCCACACAUUCAGCCAAUCAACUUAGAACAAUAAAGACAAAGUGGGCAGGUGCUGAUGAUGAUGAUGAUGAUAAAGAUAAAGAGAGUAUCUGCCUCCCGGACCAUCCCACACUGAGCCCUGAACAGGAAAAUGGGUUAAAAUCGGGAAUCUUGCAAAAUAUCCAUGAACCAGCUCUUUCAAGCAAUAUUGGUGAAAUCGGGAUCAUAGCUUCAGAGAGUAACAUUGACACAACAUUUGUGAAAAAAUUCUACACCAUUGAAAGGCCAUUUGCAUGCACUGACUGUGGGAAAAAGUUCAUAAGGAAAUGCCAUCUUCAGCAGCAUGAAAGAACUCACACUGGCGAGAAGCCACACUGCUGCACCGAAUGUGGAAAAAGGUUCUUGGAGAAAGGAACACUUCAGACCCACAUGAGGACUCACACUGGGGAGAAGCCAUUUGGCUGUGUGGAAUGUGGAAAAAAGUUCACAGAAAAGAAAACGUUGCAGAACCAUGAUAAAAUUCAUGCUGCUGCAAAACCACAUCGCUGCACUGAAUGUGGAAUGAGAUUUGUACUUUUAAGUGAUCUUUUAUGUCACCUUAGAAUUCACAUUAUGGAAAAACCUUAUAGUUGUAAACAGUGUGGAAAAAAGUUUUCACAGUACAGUUUGCUUCAAAGACACAAAAUGAUUCAUCCUGAGGAGAAGCCAUAUGGCUGCACUGAAUGCAACCUUAGCUUCAAGUUUAUGGAGAAUCUUUUACAGCACCAAAGAAUUCAUACUUCACAGAAGCCUUAUUUAUAUUCUGAAGAAAGGGCUAAGCAGAAAUCUUUUCCGCCGGAACAGAAAAUACAGCAGAGUGACACGAUCUAUCGCUGCAAUGUCUGUGGGAAGGAGUACAAAAUGAAAGUAUGGCUUGAGCAACAUGAAAGAUUCCAUCGAUGGAUUAAAUGCAAGGAAGAACUUGCAGUACAGAAAACACUUCAGGAACAUCCGAUUUCCAAUGAAAGCAAUAUAUUUUGUUGCUCGGAGUGUGGGGAUGUUUUCACACAGAAAGGUAAUCUUCAGCAGCAUCUGAAAAUCCACAGCUCACAGAGAUUUUUAAAAUAGUAGAUAUGGAUUUUGCCUUUUAUUUUUCAUAUACUUGGGGAAUUUAUGCAUCACAGUAAGAUGGUCAGCAACUGUGGAAAAGGCUUCUGGAACCAUUGCAUCUGGCUUAAAUUUUGCAGCCAUUUUACAAUACAAUUGCCAUCAGUGUCAGCUUUGGAAGAUGCAUGUUCACCACUAAAACAAUAACCGUUGUUAAGAAUGCAAUUAAAAGAAUAGGGUGAUGAAUAUGUUUAAUUCACUCCAUCAUCCUCUUUUACUAUUGUUGCCUUUUUAACAGUUUUCAUUUUAUAAAUGCUGAUUUCUUCUAAAACUUUUAUUUUAAUUUUGUAAUGGGCUCACAUAAUUUUAGGACUUCUUGCAUGAUUUUGGAACUGCAAUGUGUGGCCAUUAAUCAUAGUACCAUAAUUAUGGAAUCUCAUAUUGAAACGCAAAUAGCUACUUUAUGCUGUUACAGGUGUACCACUGGUAUCAUGUUUCCGUGCACAGGUUUGCACACUUUUUGUACCUUUUGCCAAUAUGAUCCUGUUGGACUUGUUUUUCUCAGCUUUUUUCAGUAAGGAAAGCAUGAGUGCUGGUGAGACACCAAAACACGUAAGUACCUCUGAAAUUCUGUAAAAUUCAGUGCUACUGAGAUUGUCCAGAAACAUUGGUCAAUUAUCCAUCCAUCCAUCCAUUAUCAAACCCACUAUAUCCUAACUACAGGGUCACGGGGGUCUGCUGGAGCCAAUCCCAGCCAACACAGGGCGCAAGGCAGGAAACAAACCCCGGUCAGGGCACCAGCCCACCGCAGUGGUCAAUUAUCAAACCGACUUAAUAAAGAGAAGUAUCACUAAGGUCAGUUCCUGUCCCAAAGGGAGGGAGCACAAAGCUGAAUCCAGAUCUGAACAGGGCAUAUUCAUGCAUACACCCAAAUUCACUCAUAUAAGAGAGAGUCGCCAAGUCAUCUAACCUGCAUGGCCUUGGUUUUACAAAUGGAUGUAUUCUAGGCACAUGAAGUCUGAAUACUAACCAAUGUAGCGCUGUUGUCAAUGGGCAGUUUUUAAAUUAUUAAAAUAUUCAAAUUAAUUUCAAAAUUAAUAGAAACAUUUCUUAAAGAAAAUCUACACAGAGCAGAAUUAAGAGAGUCUUAAAAUUUCCUCAUCUAAUUCAAGGUUUAUAAUCUAUCGACUUGUAUAAGGUGAUAAUUGCCACAUAUACACAGUACAGUGAAAUCUGUAACUUGGCAAUGCUAAUCAACUUAUUAUUGAGUCCAUUCAUGAUUUGUACAAGUAACAACUCCUGUUCAUUCUCUUAAGAAUCAAAAUUGACCGUAUAUAUAGUAAGUAGGCAACAAAUUAGAUUAGACAUCCGGGUGAUAAAACAGUUGGGUUUAAGAUAUAUGUGAUCUAAAUGUGACUUAACGUGCAAAAAGAGAAUCCAGGCCAGACUAACAUGUUCACUUCAUUAAAAUGACCUUUCUUAUGGACAUUCAUGAAUGAGGAACAUUUUUGGCAGGAUGUAAUUUUUAAUUGUCAUUACUUUAACUAUUUCCUGUUGACACAUUUAAAAGUUAAAAUUGUUUUUGAUCAUUCCUUGAAGCUAAUUGUUCAUCCACUUUGUCUUUCCCUAGAAGAUUACGGUUUUUCACCUCUGGCUCGUGCCUGACAUUGCUGAGAUUAAUUACAGUGGGUAUAGAAAAAAAUCCCCUCCUUUGAAAUAUUCCCAUUUUUUUGCUUUACA